UUUCAAUCAUCAUUAAAAUAAUUCAAGAUCUAAAAAGUUAUACAUUUACGGAAGAAAUGUAUCAUUCAGAAAAGUGUUAAUAAACAUACCUUUAGAAUUGCGCAAUAUACAAAUGGAUGCUUCCAUGGAUUUCGCAAUAGAUCCAAAUUCUAGCCAAAUUGCCCGGCUUAGUAUUUGUGAAAUGAAAUUCAUGAUCAACAUGGCCAUUCCAAUGAGGGUACUCUCUUGCCCAAUUUGGGCAAGUAAAUGGAGGGUUUUGCAGCCGAGCCUGUGUAGUAAUUCGGCAAAUUUUCCAAUUCGAAACGCUUCAAAGAGCUCUCGCAAACCUCAGAAGAAGAAGAAGAAUUCAGCCAUUGCAGGAAUGAGUGAAGAACACCAGCUUCUGCUAAAAACAUUCCCCAACCCAAAGGGUAUCCUUAACAAUGUAAUCCUCAGCAAUGCUAAAUGCAGUUCUAUUCAGGAUGUGGUCACGUACAAGACAGAGGAUAUACCCGCAGAGAAGAAGGGUGCUCAGGUUCUAAAGAAAAGCAUCUUGACUCUCAACUGGCCGGAGGUGAUGGCGGUGGAAGGGUCAGGCAGAAAGAAGAGGGGGGCAGAGCUUGUAGCAGCAGCACUGGCUUGUGCUAGAUUAAAGGAGCUUGGUCUGAUGGAUGAUAACAACAACCCUUUGCUUCCUGACGUGGUUUAUAAGACAGAAGACCGACGGAUCUUCUUGAGGAAACAGAAUCAACCAGAUAUCAUUGAGGCUGAUGAGCAAGUGAGCAAGGAGCUGUCAAGUUUCUUGAAAAAGCUGAAGAACCAAGAAUCCAAGAACUCUGAGGAUAAUGACCAAACACAUAAAGAUCUUUCAUUCUACUCAAUGAUGAUGUCAGAGGAGGAAACAGCAGAGAGGGUCACGGAUAUCUUCUCUGACAAACCUUACAAGCAUCUUUCAGAAUCCAAGCGUGAUAUACGGAAUGGUAUACUACUUCAGAGGCUCAUCAACCAAAGAAGUAACCCUGAUAUUGCUGAAAUAAUGAAGAAAGUGCAGACACUGCCAAUCUUAGAUAAGAGAGAGGAGAUAUUAUCUAUCAUCAAUGCGAACCAGGUAGUGGUUCUUUGUGGAGAAACUGGUUGUGGGAAGACAACUCAAAUGCCACAAUUCCUUCUAGACGAUUGGAUCAGACAAGAUAUGGGAUCACAGUGCAAUAUAGUCAUAACUCAGCCAAGGAGAAUAAGUACAAUAUCCACAGCAGAGAGGAUCGCAUUAGAAAGAGGUGAAAAGGUUGGCAAGACAGUUGGUUACCAGAUCAGACUUCAUCGUAGAAUGCCAGAGAGUCAUGGAUGUAUGCUCGUCUGUACCACUGGUAUCCUACUCAAGAAACUACAACAGAAUCCAGAUUUGACAGGUAUCAGUCAUGUGAUAGUGGAUGAAGUUCAUGAGCGUGAUGUCAACACUGACUUCCUUCUUGUCUUGUUAAAGAAUGCCCUGGAAAGGAACACGAAGGUCAAGUUAAUCCUAAUGAGUGCUUCUAUUAACCCAGGAUUGUUCUCAAAGUAUUUUGACGACUGCCCUAUGAUCAAUGUGCCUGGAUUCAUGUAUCCUGUCAAGGAAUACUUCCUCCCUGAAACAUUAGCAGACCUGGAUAUCAAUCCAAACAAACACAAGAGUCCACUCUUUGAGCAGGAGAACAAGACUAAAGCAAAGGACCAAUCAAAGAAGAGCAGGAAGAAUCAGAGAGCACCACCAACCAAUGUUGACCUUGUGGUAGAGGUCAUCAAAGCCAUUGACGAGAAAAAGCCAGCAGGUGCUAUACUGUGCUUCCUACCUGGCUGGCAGGACAUCAAGAGUGUGUAUGACAAACUACUGAGGGCAUGGGACCAGAGUAGAGAUGAGCAUGAGGUCUAUCCAGUGCACUCUCAUAUCACAGUUGAUAACCAGCAAGCAAUGUUUGAUAUACCACCAGUAGGGGUGAGGAAGGUUGUCCUGGCAACGAAUGUAGCAGAGACAUCCAUCACUAUAGGAGAUGUAGUGUACGUAGUGAACACUGGAAACCACAAAGAAGAGCGUUUUGAUUCAGACUUGGGGGUCUCUUGUCUGGACCUUCAUUGGGCAUCCAAAGCCAACAUUACACAGAGGAAAGGCAGGGCAGGACGCCGCCAGCCAGGGGAAUGCUUCCACCUAUUUGAUGAAGAUGUAUACAAACAGAUGAGUAAAUUCCAGACAGCAGAGAUUCUAAGAAUACCAUUAGAGCAGAUUGUAGUCCAAGCCAAGGUUCAUAAUGAGGCUGUAUCAGCAGAGAUGUUCCUUGCACAAGCUCUAGAACCACCUCCAUCUCAAGCAGUGUCUGGUGCCAUUGAUCUUUUACAAGACUUGGACAUCUUAAAUGAGAAGGAGGAACUGACGUCUUUAGGAAAGAAGAUCUCCUGCUUUGGAUCUGAUCCUAGGAUUGCUAAGGCUAUCAUCUUCUCAACCAUUUUCAGGUGUGUGGAUCCCAUUUUAACUAUAGCUGCCAGUUUGUGCAAUAGAGAUAUUUUCAGAGAAAAUCUGGAUAACAGAAAACUCAUCAUGAAGAAGAUGAAAGAGUAUUCCGGAGAUGGUGAGAGUGAUCAUCUGAUGAGAGUAGCUCUUUAUCAGGGAUGGGAGGAACAGCAGAAGGCUGGUAGACAGAGUGCAUUUAGCUAUGUGCAGUCUCAUCAUCUCUCUCUCCUCACCCUGCAAUUCAUCAGAGGGUUACGUCGUCAGUUUGCAAGCAAUCUUGAGGAUUCCGGGAUGGUGAUGAUGUCUAGUGAAUGUUUUGAUCCUUCAGCACGAUGCAAUGAGAAUAGUGGGGAUCCAGAGCUCAUAAAGGCUGUGAUCUGUAGUGCUUUCUAUCCCAACCUUCUCAAGGCAAGAUUUGGCAAGCACGAGAAGGGCAAGCUUAGAACCAAUAAAUUGAUCUUCAAAGACUUAGAUUCCAACAAUAUUCUGCUUCAUAGAAGAUCUGUCAACUGCGGAAAGAAAGACUUCAGGAGCAAAUGGCUUACGUACUUCUCAAAGAUACGAUCUGAUGUGACCUUUGUCCGUGACUGCUCUGUCAUCCAUCCUAUGGCUGUAGUGGCCUUUGCAGGAAACACUCUCUACAUAGACAAACUAUCCCAGAGAGAAAGGAAAGAAGUCCUGGCAGAACACGCUGGCAUCAGCCCUGCUCAUCUUGUGAAGCUGGUGAUUGAUGAUGAACAGAUACCGCAUGAGAGUGGUGAAGAUGGGAGUGAGUUCAGUCCUUGGGAAGGAUUACCAAUCACAUUCUACAUGACCAAGGAUACUGCACUCUACACUAUGGCUUUCAUCAAAGCAAUGAAGCACAUGACUGAAGAGUGUCUCACAAAUGAAGCAGCCUUUCUGUCUGGAUCUGCCCUUGAGAGGCACUCUGCAUUACUGAGUCUGUUCAGCAAGCUACUGGGGACACAAGUCCUACACUCUCAGCAGGGUCAACCAGCUGAGCAAGUAGAGCAGAAGCAAUUAACAUCUGGAUCCUGAUCCCUGUAAUAGGGGUUGGCCAGACCAGACCAGACCAGACAGCAGAGAUGACUCGAUCAGAGGCUCUUCACACAGUCCUGUGUACUUCCUUGAUAAACUAAGGAAUAAAAAGGAGGGAAAGGGGGAAGAGUUGUGUCCCUUCUAGCAUUAAAUAGGGAUGAUAACUCUGAUCCCUAUAACAGGACUGUACUACACAAUCCUCACAUGUAUAGUCCUACAUACUUCCUGAAUGGAGUAAGAAGGUCAAGGAGGGGGGAUAGGGGAAAUGGUUUUCAGAGCUUCUGUACAUGGUGUUCCUUAAUCAUGGGAAGAGAUGAGAUCUCUCAUCCCUAUAACAGGACGGUACUAAACAAGCCUCACGUAUAGUCCUACAUACUUCCUGAAUGGAGUAAGAAGGUCAAGGAGAGGAAAGGGGAAAGGUUCUCAGAGCUUCUGUACAUGGUGUUUCUUCAUGGGGAGAGAUGAGAUCUCUCAUCCAUGUUAUGGGAAUUACCAGACAAGUCAGCAGAGUUGACUGAGAGGUUCCUCACAUAGUCCCAUGUACAUUGUACUUCACUCUGUGAACUAAGAAAGUAAAGGAGGGGUAAAGGGGGAGGUUUGUGGAGCUGAGGAAAGAGGAGUAAUGCUUGACCUUAGUAUGAUAUCUUUCAUGUAGUGGUAAUGGAAGUGCAAUACCUUAUUCAUUUCAUAUGUGUUUAACUGUUCUUUUAACAUGUCUGAUUCAACAAGUUCUGUUAAACAUAGGACUUAACUGCAAAUGUAAUUUAUAUGUAUAUGCUUACAAAUAUAUUGGACUGUAUGUUGAAUGAUGAUAGUAAUGAUGAGAUUAAUUGUAAUCUGAUAUGGAAGUGGAUUUUGUUUUGCCAAACUAAGAAAUGUAAUGAUCCAUGAAAGAUUUCCAUGCCACAAGAUGAUGUGAACUAAGGCUGUUAAUGAAAAAUCCUGAUGACUGUUGCAUCAAUGCAUCAUUGUGUAGCUAUUUGAUGAAGUACCUUGAAAAUGUGUCAAAUGCAUAAUCCUAAAGAAAUGAUAUGCUGCAAUAGUACAAAUAAAAAAUGCUUAACUAAUGUGAAUACUUAAUUAAUACUGAAGAUGUUGGUAUGGUACACAAAGCAUAACUUGCCCAUCUGUGCCUAGUCAGAUGGGUCAGUCAUGUCACAUGUACCAAAAUGCUGUAAGACCCAAGCAUCCAUCUCAGACUCUCCUCAGGAUGGAAUGUGUAUUCAAGAAGUAUAGUACAUGCAGAGUAGUGGGUGGAUUGAAGAUUUUUACUUCUAUAUUUAAGGCUAUAGUAAAAAUCCAUGUGUAAGUGAAUCAGCACUGCCACUCUCUGUACUUGACAUCGAUGUGUGUUAUAUAAAGAUGAAAUAACUUGAAGCAUAGAUAGAGAUCGCUCAUAUAUAUUAUAUGCAUGAGCAUAAAGCUCUGUAAAGGAAAAUCUCUUGACUUUUUAAUUUUUGAUAGAUGCAUGAACUAAAUAUUACAUUGAUCAAUGUAAUAUAUUAAUGAGCUUAGUUUUUAUGCUACUUGUAUUGUACGCACAUGCACAUGUAUUAUUAUUUCCAGAUUUGGUGCUAUUCAUGUAAAUUUUGAUUUUUUUUUUUUUUUUUAAUGUUUAACAUGUUGAAAUUAAAUCUAUGCAACAUUUUACCAUUAGCAGCUGAAAAGUUAUAUUGUUUGCGUCAAUCUGAUAUGAAAUAGUGGAGCAUUUCUAUUUUUUGUCUCUGAAUUGUCACAUACACUGUACUCAUGCAAAGAAUGAACAUAGAAUAUCUAAUCUUCCUUCCAUAUUCUGACACAUGAAAUGCUCCACUACAACAUGAUACAUAUAUGCUUGUGUGAUAUAGAUGGGGAGAGCGAAAGAGCGUGAGAGAGAGAGACACAGAGAGAGAGGGGGGUGAGUGAGUGAAAAGAAGAAAGCUAUGGAAAGAUAAUACCUUUGAAUUAUUAAUUACAUUUGCUUUUAUUUGGACAAAGUUGAAAAAAGACAAAUUUAAAUUUCUUCUAUUUCAGGUAAAUCAGUAUAUUUUGGCAAGAUGAAUAAAGUUUGCAAAUGGUAACUGUUUUCAUUGGGAAGAAAAUAACACUUGAGACAGAAAGUAUCAGAAUUUCUUAAUUUUCUAUUACUUUGAAAGACAGUUUAAUGAAAAAUGUAAAGUUGAGCUAAUGUAGCCUCUGGUAAAUAUUCAUGAUUAGGAAGCAUUUUUUGUAGCUUGUUAAAAUUUAUAAGUUCAAUAAUGAAUAAAAUGAUAAUCGAAUGGAUUUUAUCUUGUACUGUUAGAUUGUUGGGUUAAUUAAGUUAUAAAGUAAAUAAUGUGCAUGUAUGAUCUAAGUGAGUAAAAAAAAAUUUAAAAAAACCUCAAAUUUGAAUGUUGAAAAUGGAGCCUGCUUUUUUCUAAAUGUUACCCAUUUCAUAUGUUGCCUGAAAUGAAAGCAUAUUCCAUGGUAGUGGCUGAUUGAUAUCAGAUACACAAUAUAAUUAUGCGGUCAUGGUUAUCAAUAGUAUUUGAUCCCUUCUUUAACAAGGCUAUUGUUUGUAACAGAAUUUUAUCCAAAGUUUCAUUGAAAUACUCAACUUUUUGUAAUAGCGGUGUAUUCCCUAUUGUUGGCUUAUGCUAUGUAUGAAGGUUUUUAUAAAUGCAACAUAUAAAGUGACAUUGAUAGAUUAUCCAAAAACACAUAAAUACAGAAGCCCUUUAUUUUAUGAUCCUAGUUUUUCCUACCAUCAUAUUUUAACACGUUCGUUAAGAGGAGUUAGAAGUAGUUAAAUCUAUCCCUAAUGUUGUAGGGAGGUUCACAGAAAAUAUUGUUUUCCACACUUUCGUGUACAAGUAAGUAAAGUUAUAAUGUCAACAGUCAUGAUAUUACUAGUUCUGUUUUAUUGUCAUUAUUUAUUACCAAUAGUCCUCAGAAAUACAUGUUGUAAUAUGAUCUGAUACUUUUGAUGGUACAUUGUAAAUAUCGUCAGGGGGAGGUAUCAUCAAGCACGAUGAUACAUUUGUAAUCAUAAAAGUGUAUUUUGAGAUUGAUUCUAAGGAUUGAUGAAACUCCCGCUGGACUGAAGUUAUUAUGCAUGUAUGAAUACCAGCCAAUAUUCAUAUUACUAUUCUAUAUCUCUUCCCAGGGUCAAACACUAAUUCUGCCUCAAAGUUGAGUAUGAGUGAAUGGGUGUGUGGUAAUUCACCAACUUGGUAUUUGAAAGUGAUAUUCCUAUGCCAGUAUAUUCAAAAUAGCUUUGUUUCUUUCCUGGAUGAAAAUAUGUUAAUACAUGUGAUCAUAAAAGGAACUGCCAUUUAUAUCAGUCUGUCAUAUUUGAGCUAAAGCCCUACUGAUUUUGAGAAUUAAUAUAUGUCUUUUCAUUGACUAUAAAUUGGUGUACAGUUAACAACUAUAUGAUUCAUAACCUUACAAAAUGUUGUCAUUUUUUAGUAUGUAAAACAUUGAUUUGUUCCGAAUGACGUUUUGUGAGAAUGUGACGUAUCACAUAUUAAAGAUUAUACCUAAUAUUUAGCAAAGGCUCUGAUUAAAACAGUCCACCUUUCAUUCUUGAGUCACACCAAAAAAACACAUGAAAUUUACAAGGGCUAUGAAUAAUUUAGUUGUAAACUGAACAUAAAGGCAUGUAGUGUUAAGGCAGACAUAUUAGAUUUAUAAAUUAAGAACUCUUACUUUUCUCUUGUUGCAUGUAAGUAUCUUUAAAAGAUCAAGCAUCUGCAAAAUUGCUUGAAUUAUAUUUCUCUAUAUUUGUCCUUUAAUAAAUGCUGCAUAUACCUUGUCCUAAUGGAA